AUGCAGGGAGUUUUUCCCGCCAGCUACAUUCACUUGAAGAAAGCCAUCGUCACCAACCGAGGGCCUCAUGAGACGGUGGCGCCGCUGGAGGACCCCAUCGUGACCGAGGUCACGUCGACGCUGCAGGAAUGGGCCUUGCUGUGGAAACAGCUCUACGUGAAACAUAAGGUCGAUCUGUUCUACAAAGUUCGUCACGUGAUGAUGGAGCUGAUCGAUCUCAGAAGGCAGCUGCUGUCGGGUCACCUGACGCAGGACCAGAGCCGAGACGUGAAGAGACACAUCACCGUGAGGCUGGACUGGGGCAACGAACACCUGGGUCUGGACCUGGUGCCAAGAAAGGAGUUUGAGAUGGUAGAUGAAGACCAGAUAAGCGUGUCAGAUCUCUAUAAGAUGCAUCUGUCCAGCAGGCACAGCGUCCAGCAGAGCACCACACAGGGCGACGGCGGCCGGCAGCGACACGGCGAGCCGUGCAGGGUCCCCGUCCCCCACCACCUGCUGGUCAACCUGAAGAGCUUCACCUACAACAGCAUCGGAGAGGACACCGACAUCUUCUUCUCCCUGUACGACCUCCGGGAGGGCCGCACCAUCAGUGAGAAGUUCAUGGUGAGACUGAACAAAAACGGAGGACCAAAGAACCCAGAGAAGGUGGACCGGCUGUGUGCACUGUUCACGGACCUGAGCAACAAAGACAUGAAGAGAGAUCUUUACAUUGUUUCCCAAGUGAUUCGAACAGGCCGGAUGCUGCUGAACGACAGUAAGAAGGGUCCUCCUCACGUUCAGUACCGCCGGCCGUACGGCUGCGCCGUGCUCGCCAUGAGCGACGUGCUGCAGACCAUCUCUGAGCUCAAAGAGGAGAAGGACUUCGUCCUGAAGGUCUACACGUGUAACAAUGAGAACGAGUGGUACCAGAUCCACGAGAACAUCAUCCGCAAAUCCAGCACCAAAUACACCGCGCCCAGCACCAACUACGGUCUGAUCAUCUCGCUGCAGCUGCUCAGAGGCGACAUGGAGCAGGUCCGCAGAGAAAACCCGCUCAUUUUCAGCAGGAACGUCGCCAUCACGCGCAAGCUGGGGUUCCCCGACGUCAUCAUGCCCGGUGACAUCCGGAACGACCUGUACCUGACGUUAGAGCGAGGAGACUUCGAGAGGGGAGGGAAGAGCGUCCAGAAGAACAUCGAGGUCACCAUGUUCGUCCUGUACGCCGACGGAGAGAUCCUGAAGGACUGCAUCAGCCUGGGCUCGGGGGAGCCCACCGUCCCGGAGCACCGCUCCUUCGUGCUCUACCACAACAACAGCCCCCGCUGGAGCGAGGUGAUCAAGCUGCCCAUCCCCAUCGACCGCUUCCGAGGCUCCCACCUCCGCUUCGAGUUCCGACACUGUUCCACGAAGGACAAAGGGGAGAAGAAGCUGUUCGGCUUCGCCUUCACUCCACUGAUGAGGGAAGACGGAACGACGCUGUCUGACGAGAGCCACGAGCUCUACGUCUACAAGUGUGAUGAAAACACCACCUUCAGUAACCACGCCCUCUACCUGGGCCUGCCCUGCUGCAAGGAGGACUUCAACAGCUGUCCCAGCAUCCCGUCCAGCCUCAUCUUCCAGAGGAGCACCAAGGAGACCUUCUGGAUCUCCACCCAGCUCUCCUCCACCAAGCUCACGCAGAACGUGGAUCUUCUGGCCCUGCUGAAGUGGAAGGCUCACCCCGACCGGGUCAUGGACAUCCUGGGGCGGCUGCGGCACGUCAGCGGGGAGGAGAUCGUCAAGUUUCUUCAGGACAUUUUGGACACUUUAUUCUCCAUCUUGGACGACAACACGGACAAAUACGGUCCGCUGGUGUUUCAGUCGCUGGUGUUCAUCAUAAACCUCCUCAGGGACAGUAAAUACUACCACUUCAGGCCGGUGAUGGACACCUACAUCCAGAAGCACUUCGCCGGCGCGCUGGCCUACAAAGAACUGAUCCGAUGUCUGAAAUGGUACAUGGACCGGUCUGCUGAGGUGGUCCGACAAGACCACAUCCAGGAGGCCAUGAGGGCCCUGGAGUACCUCUUUAAGUUCAUCGUGCAGUCCCGGAUCUUGUACUCUCGGGCCACGUGUGGGAUGGAGGAGGAGCAGUUCAGGACCAGCGUCCAGGAGCUCUUCCAGUCCAUCCGCUUCGUCCUCAGCCUGGACAGCCGCAACUCCGAGACGCUCAUCUUCACCCAGGCGGCUCUGCUGAACUCCUUUCCAGCCAUCUUUGACGAGCUGCUGCAGAUGUUCACGGUGCAGGAGGUGGCGGAGUUUGUCCGCGGGACGCUGGGCAGCAUGCCGUCCACCGUCCACAUUGGACAGUCCAUGGACGUGGUGAAGCUGCAGUCCAUCGCUCGGACGGUGGACAGCAGGCUCUUCUCCUUCCCCGAGUCUCGGCGGAUCCUGCUUCCUGUGGUCCUGCAUCACAUCCAUCUCCACCUGCGGCAGCAGAAAGAGCUGCUCAUCUGCUCGGGAAUACUCAGCUCCAUCUUCUCUAUUAUCAAGACCAGCUCCCUGGACACGUCGGUGCAGGAGGAGGUGGAGAUGAUGGUGGAGUCCCUGCUGGACGUCCUCCUGCAGACGCUGCUGUCUAUCAUGAGCAAGAGCCAGUCGCAGGAGGCGGUAAGGGGUCAACGCUGUCCGCAGUGCACCGCGGAGAUCACUGGCGAGUACGUGUCCUGCCUCCUGUCGCUGCUCCGUCAGAUGACCGACAUCCACUUCCAGCACCUGAUGGAGAACUUCCAGAGCAAAGAGGAGCUGAAGGAGUUCCUGUUGAAGAUUUUAUGUGUGUUUAGAAAUCUGAUGAAGCUCAGCAUUUUCCCCCGAGACUGGAACAUCAUGAGGCUCCUCACCAGCAACAUCAUCCUGACCACGGCUCAGUAUCUCUCUCCGGCGCUGCACAAGAACUUCACUGAAGCCGACUUCGAUUUUAAGGUGUGGAACUCGUACUUCAGCCUGGCCGUGCUCUACAUCAACCAGCCCAGCCUGCAGCUGGAGAACCUGAGUCCUGCCAAGAGGAAGAAGGUUCUAGACAAGUAUGGAGACAUGAGAGUGAUGAUGACCUAUGAACUCUUCAGCAUGUGGCAGAACCUGGGAGAGAAUAAGAUCCAUUUCAUCCCCGGGAUGAUCGGCCCCUUCCUGGGAGUGACGCUGGUCCCACAGGUGGAGGUUCGGAACAUCAUGAUCCCCAUCUUCCACGACAUGAUGGACUGGGAGCAGCGCAAGAACGGAAACUUCAAACAGGUGGAGGCCGAGCUGAUCGACAAGCUGGACAGUUUGGUGUCGGAGGGCAAAGGAGACGAGAACUACAGAGAGCUGUUCGGCCUGCUAACGCAGCUGUUUGGGCCUUAUCCCAGUUUGUUGGAGAAGAUUGAGCAGGAGACGUGGAGGGAGACGGGAAUUUCCUUUGUUACGUCGGUCACACGGCUCAUGGAGCGACUGCUGGACUACAGGGACUGUAUGAAGGGAGACGAGACGGAAAACAAGAAGAUCGGCUGCACUGUGAACCUCCUGAAUUUCUACAAGUCAGAGAUCAACAAGGAGGAGAUGUACAUCCGCUACAUCCACAAGCUGUGCGACAUGCAUCUCCAGGCAGAGAACUACACCGAGGCUGCCUUCACGCUGCUCUUAUACUGGGAGCUGCUGCACUGGGACGAACGGCCGCUGAAGGAGUUCCUGCAUUAUCCGGCUCAGACCGAGUGGCACCGCAAGGAGGGGCUCUGCCGCAAAGUAAUCCACUACUUCAACAAGGGGAAGUGCUGGGAGUACGGGAUUCCUCUGUGCAGGGAGCUGGCCUUUCAGUACGAAUCUCUCUACGACUACCAGAGUCUCAGCUGGAUCCGGAAAAUGGAGGCGGCGUACUACGACAACAUCAUGGAGCAGCAGCGUCUGGAGCCGGAGUUCUUCCGGGUGGGGUUUUAUGGCAGGAAGUUCCCGUUCUUCCUCAGAAACAAAGAGUUUGUCUGCCGUGGCCACGACUACGAGCGGCUGGAGGCCUUCCAGCAAAGGAUGCUGGGAGAAUUCCCGCAAGCCAUCGCGAUGCAGCACCCGAACCAGCCGGACGAGGCCAUCCUGCAGUGUGACGCUCAGUACCUGCAGAUCUACGCGGUGACUCCGGUGCCGGACAGCGUCGGGGUCCUGCAGAUGGACCGCGUUCCGGACCGCAUCAAGAGCUUCUACCGGGUGAACAACGUGAGGCGGUUCCGUUACGACCGGCCGUUCCACAAAGGACCCAAAGACCGAGAGAACGAGUUCAAGAGUCUGUGGAUCGAGAGGACCACUCUGAUCCUCACACACCCGCUGCCCGGGAUCUCCCGCUGGUUCGAGGUGGACAAGAGAGAGCUGGUGGAGGUGAGUCCGCUGGAGAACGCCAUCUCUGUGGUGGAGAACAAGAACCAGGAGCUGCGGACGCUGAUCAGUCAGUACCAGCACAAGCAGCUGCACGGAAACAUCAACCUGCUGAGCAUGACGCUGAACGGAGUCAUCGACGCCGCGGUGAACGGAGGCAUCGCCCGAUACCAGGAGGCCUUCUUUGAUAAGGAGUACAUCAGCAGCCACCCUGAAGACACGGAGAAGAUCACUCAGCUCAAAGACCUCAUGCAGGAGCAGGUUCACAUCCUGGGCGUCGGCCUGGCCGUGCAUGAGAAGCUGGUGCACCCAGAAAUGCGUCCCCUGCACAAGAAGCUGAUCGAUCAGUUCCAGAUGAUGAGGAGCAGCCUCUGCCAUGGUCUGCCCGGUCUGGAUAAGGCCGCUCUGGUGGGAGCCGCUCCCAGAGGCAUCCUGGCCUCUCACAGCCCCAUGAGCCCCGAGAGCUUCAAGCUGCUGCACCGACACAGUGAGACGGGGAAUCUCCUGAUCCUGGCCGACGGGAUGGUGGUCGAGCACCCCGAGGACUUCUACCGCAUGCAGGCCAGCCCCUCCUCCUCCAGUCUUAGCUCCACCCAUUCUGCGCCCUCUCAGAUGAUAAACUCCGCCCCCUCCACCAUCAGAGUCGGCUCGCCGUCUCUGCCCGACAAGUACAGACACAACCGGGAGAUGCUGAUGCUGCUGCCGCCUCACAGAGAGAGGCCGAGCAGCGCCAUGUACACCAACAUCACCGAGAACGGACAGCCUACAAACCUGCAGCGGGCCCUGUUCCACCAGGUGAUCGGUCCAUGCAAACCCUGCAGCGACCCCAACCUCUCUGUGGCUGAGAAAGUGCUCACCACUCCCAGCAGCUGGAGUCUGGACAGCGGCACCAGGGAGGCCCUCCCCUUCCUGUCCGCGCACGUCGGCAGCGUCAUGGCGCCUCCGGUCCCGCCGCGCAACGUUCCUCCUGACUCGUCCAGCUCUACACUUUCUGUGUUUGUGUUCUCCGAGCUGCAGUCAAUCACGACAUGUUAA